UAUUAUUACUUUUUCCCUGUCCAAUCCUUUCUUUUUUUUAUUAUGAAAUUGGUCAAUAGCCAACCUGGCUAUUUUGCCAAAAGAACAACUUCCAUUUUAUUCGCUAUUUCACUUAUUUGUUCAACUAUCUCUGCUGCACCAAAUGCCACUGUCUCAACCAACGACAAUAACAACAACAGUAACGAUCCAUGUGCCGCUAUUGCUGGUCAAACUACUGCCUCUUUCCAUGAAGCAAAAGCCUGUUUAGAUCAUUUUCCUUUCAACGAAUCCAUUGCUACUCAAACUUUGGAUACUGUACGAAAAGUAACAAAAGAACUCUAUGUAUUCAAUGAAAUUGCUAGUUCUCCUCCUCAUAUUGAAGGUUUAUCAGCUGUACCUGUCGAUAUUCAACAUGGUCUUGAUGUUAUUCAAAAUGAAAAAUGGCAAUCUGAUCGUGAAUUCCAAGAAGCCGUUGCUUUGUUACUUGAUAAAGUUCAUGAUACUCAUUUGGUAUAUUCACCUUUCUGUUAUCGACAAUUCAUCUUUUGGCAACCUAUUCAAUUGAAUGCUCUUGUACGAGAUCAAAAAUCAGUGAUCAAUGUUGCUUAUGUCAAGAAUGAUAUUUGGCCUGAAGCAAAAGAAUCUUGGGUUGGUUGUGAAGUAACUCAUAUUGAUGAUCAAGAAGCUUUGGAUAUGGUGGUAAACUAUGCUGUCAACAACAAUGGUGAAAGCAAGGAUGUUAAUACCUGUUUCAACAAUAUCAUGAAUACGAAAAGUUAUUUCCAUGGAUGGGAUGAUGGUGCUGAUGAUCUUGGUUAUCAUCGAUUCUUACCAGCUCAAGAAAUGCAUACCUACACUAUGCGAUGUCCUAAGAAUGGGACUACUCCCUCUCAAGACCAAUUCGAUGCUCCUUUUACUGUCAAGGUACCUUGGGUAGCUCAAGUGCCCAUCAACUUCAAUGAUGCUGAUUCUUAUUGGAACAACUAUUGUCAAUCUUCUCAUACAAAUUAUGCCAAACGUGGUGCUAUUGGACACUUGGAUGUUGAUGAAUUGCGUAUGAUGCAUGAAGGUCAAGCUUUUGAUCUAUCUCCUGAAUCUGCCAGAAAUGCUGCUGCCGGUGGGAAAAAGGGUCCUUAUGUAGAAUUCAUUACUUUGGAUAAACCUCAAGCUGAAGUGGGUGUGAUUGAUAUUCAAAGCUUCUCUAUUGAUUCAAAUGAUCGACAAGAUUUUAUUGAUACUUUUUAUAAUGGACUCAAGGAAUUUGAAUCUAAAGGAAUCAAGAAAAUCAUUUUGGACUUGUCUUCAAAUGGAGGUGGUGAUGCCUGCGCUGGUGAAUUUAUUAUCAAUACUUUCUUUGGUUCUACUCCAGAUUAUCCAUCUGAUAUCAAGUAUUCUCCCUUUUUGGAACGUGUGAUCAAGAAAGCUGCUGAAACGGAAGGAACUAAAUGGGGUGAUUACAAGAAUGCAAAGUAUAAUGGUACUGAUUGGUUUACACAAACAAAUACUUAUACUCGUGGCAAAGAUCAAGUCAAAUUUUCUCAACCUGUCUCUCUUAGCUGUGAUCGUUGGGAAUCUGAAUUAACCAUCGAUAAGAAUAUCACUACUCCUUGGAAAGCUCAAGAUCUUUUGAUUUUAUCUGAUGGUCGUUGUGGUUCAACAUGUGCUAUCGUUGCUUCUCGUCUUCGUAUUUCUCAUCAAGUAGCAGCUAUGGGUUUGGGUGGUAUUCGUGGUAAUCGUAUGCAAUUUGCUUCUUUCCCUGGUGGUGAAAGUCAACGUCUUUCUGGAUUUUUGAUGGAUUUGCAACAAUUAAAUUUACAAGAUGAUCCUGAUGCACCUUCUCCUUUCCCUGAACGUGCUGAUAUGGGUUGGACUUUCCGUGAAGCUUAUCGUCCUACUGCUACUGGUUCUGAAAUGGGCAAAGAAACUGAAUUAUUAGAAUACAGUGUAAACAAUGCUGAUUGUAGGAUGCACUUUGAUGAUGAAAAUUCAAAUGAUGUCAAGAAAUUAUGGUCUGAUGUUGCUGAAGUCUUUGUUAGUGGUCAAUGCCCUUUGAUUCAUGAUUAGCAUACUUUAUUCUAGUUUUCUUUUUUAUUUUAUUUGAUUUUAUCACAUCCUCCUACUUUGUACUACUCUCUUCUCCAUACCCUUUUCCACUUUGUCUCUCUA